AUGUCUACACACGGUGACCAUAGAACAGGAGAAGAUGAUCAACAUUCAUCUGCGUCUCGCGAACUUUUGAUUAUUUACGCUACGGAAACAGGUACAGCUCAAGAGGCUGCUGAUCGCAUUGCGAGGGAAUGUCGAAGAGUCUAUUUUCACUGUCGUGUGAAGAGCAUGGAUGCGUAUCCACUAGAAACAUUGAUCUUGGAACGCUUGGUCAUCUUCGUAGUUUCGACCACUGGCUGGGGAGCUGAACCCAGAGCUAUGACUUCGUUAUGGAACAUGUUACUCAGGUCUGAUCUCCCAAACGACCUAUUCGAGGACACGGAUUUCUCCGUUUUCGGCCUUGGGGACACCUCCUAUGAGAAAUUCUGUUGGCCAGCGAAGAAGCUGUCGAGACGGAUGCAGAGCUUGGGAGGUCAUGAAAUUUGUUCACGAGGAGAAGGAGACGAACAGCAUCGCAUGGGGGUGGAUGGUGCAUUGGACCCAUGGAUCGAAUGUCUCCUAGAAGUUCUCAUACAGCUCUACCCACUGCCGCACGAGCAAGAUAAUAUUCCUGCUGGUCGACCACCACCUCGCGUAUCCUUGAGCAAUGUGGCAUCUGAUACGUCGUUGAAUCCAGAUCCUCUAGAUGAGGACACGAAGCUUCACACAGCUUCGGUGAAAUGUAACAGACGGAUCACUGCGGAAGAUUGGUUUCAGGACGUACGCCAUUUUGGGUUUUCCUUCGAAGACGAUAUAAAAUAUAGUCCUGGAGAUGUUGCUGUGAUCCAUCCGUCUGCAGCUGCAUCAGAAGUCGACUCUUUCCUUGUCACCAUGGGCUGGGCGAAUGUUGCCGACGAUUUCUUCACAGUAGAACACACAAUGUUAGAUCAAACGUUGCCCGACCAUCUACCGAAAAUCGUUUCCCGUCGGAUUCUAUUCACGCGCUAUCUCGAUUUCAAUGCUGUUCCCCGCCGCUCUUCUUUCCAAUUGCUGCGAUAUUUUGUUACCGAUGAGCUUGAAAGCGAAAAACUUCAUGAAUUUGUAUCGAUAGAAGGAGCGGUAUUGUCUGAGUUCCGGUCCACAAGGAUACCGAGAGAGUAUGUCUUUGACUUGUUCCCUCCGCUGAGACCAAGAGAGUUCUCAAUUGCUAGUUCCAUCAAGCUCCAUCCCCGUGAAAUACAUCUUUGUGUUGCUAUAGUGCGCUAUCGCACGAAAUUAAAAAUUCAUCGGAAAGGCGUCUGUACUAGUUAUCUAUCAGGGCUUAAAUUAGGAGAUACCCUUCGUAUCGGUUUCAGAAAAGGCUUCAUCUCACUUCCUACGGAUCCAAACACACCAGUGGUGUGUGUAGGUCCAGGGACAGGCAUCGCACCUAUGCGUGCCGUCAUUAAACAACGCAUACACGAGGGACACAAUAAUACUACCUUAUACUUCGGUUGCCGUUCUGCACACAAGGAUCAACAUUAUCACACGGAAUGGGAAUCUCAUGCGAAAGAACGAAAACUCCGCUACCGCGUUGCGUGUUCUCGUGAUGGACCAGAGGGUGUCAAACGGACGUAUGUGCAAGAUCUGAUGAAAGAGGAUGCACAGUAUAUCUGGACAAUGCUGGGGCAACAACGAGGCAUCCUUAUCAUCUCAGGUUCUUCGAACAAAAUGCCUACUGCUGUCCGUGACGCUGUGCGACGCCGAAUGCCGAAUGCCGAGGCUGUGGAGUAUGUUGCUUCGAUGGAGAGGGAGGGAAGGUUGAUCGAGGAAUGUUGGAGCUGA